UUUUUUUUUUUUUUUUUUUUUUUAAUAGAAUGAGGAAGCAUUCUCUGCUCCUCACCACACAACACCCUCUCCCUUAUAGAUGAUCAAUGAUGAAUGCAUUGACCUAUAAAACGUUUGCUAAACAGUGAGUUCAAUGAGUGCCAAGUUUGUUGAAAAGUAUUUUGACUUUUGAUGAAUAGAGUUGUUUGCUCAUCAGUCUGAAAAAACUUUUGUUUGAGUUUUUGAUUGGACAAGAAAGUACUGCUUGCCUAUCUCUCCACGUUUAAAGUGUAAAGAAGCAUUAUCUACGCUUUUCUUUUUUUUUUCUCUCUUUCAUUAUCAAAAAAAAAAAAAGUCAAAGAUCGAAACUAUGGAUCCUGGAAAGAAAGUGCUCGAUAAUCUAGAUAAAGUGCCCAAUUUGGUAGACCAAGAACCUAGCAUCGUGACACCGCCUCAUACAGCUUCUAACGAUGUAUCUUGGGAGGAAUAUGCAAAGACGUUGAAUGAUAAGCGUAACGAUGCGAUAGAACACACACGAAAAAGUUAUGCGAUACCAGACGAUCAUUCUCCUCUCAAACCAGAACACGGUCCCAUGGAUGAUUUUACAAUUAGUAACUGGGAUGCGAAUACAGGAUAUCAAGAUACGAAGCACAAAGAGAAAACCGACUAAAUAAUGAGUAUGAUAGUGCAUGAGUGAAUGAGUGAAUGACGUGUUUAACAAAUAAACAAAAUCAGUACGGUUAUCUUACCUUAUGCGUAUAACAAGUACAACGCUUUAAUCCAUCAAUUCUGAUUGGUUCAUUUAAAAAAAGCGUAGGACAACUCGUUAGUGAGGGGUGACGUAUUACAGAAAGGACAAACUUUUAUUGGAAAAUUUUUUUUUUAUUUCAUUCUCGCUCAAAAAAAAAAGGUUUAUUGAGAGAAAAGAAAGCCUGAUUUUUCUAUUUUUCUUCUUUUUUACUUUUUUGUUGUUUACU